UAAGUGGUUCCAAGUAGUAACAAACAGAACAAAGUCACCAAGCAAAAUAAAAUAAAAUGUGCAAAUUAUGUGUAAUCAAACACUGAAUACAGAUAAGAUCCUCACCAGUUCCAGAAUGCUCCCUUUUACAGACUAAUCUUCUUUUAGCCUGGAUCCAGUAAUCACUCACACCCCUUUGUUCCAGUUUCUUCCAAGUAUCCUGGGGGGGUGAGGAGGCUCUCUCUUUAGCCAGCUAAAGACAAAAUGGAGGGGUCUCCCAUGGGUUUAAAUAGACUUUCACUUGUGGGUAGAGACCCCCCUCCCUCACUCCUAUGCAAAGUCCAGCUCCAAGAUGGAGUUCUGGAGUCACAUGUCCAUGCAUGACUCACAGUCUUUACAGGCAGAAGCCAUUGUCCACAUGGUAUCUUGUAUGUCUCCAGGAAGACUACUUAUGUGGAUUGGAGCAUUCCAAGAUGCAUUGUUCCCCAAGUGCUUCCUGAUCGGGUACUUAACCUUGCAAAUUCCUUCCUAAAGAAGCUGACCAAAUGCCUCACAAAGCUUACUUAGAAAUCAGGCAAGCAUACAGCCCAUAUUCUUAACCUCAAGUACAAAAUGAUAUAUGUGUACAAAUAAGAUUAAUAGAUAUAGUAGACCAUAACCUUUACAGAAAUAUGUUACAUGGCACAGGCAGCACAAAACAUAUUCCCGUUAUGUCAUAUUCCCAUAAAGCCUUAUGGGAGGUACCGUCACAGACCCCUCCUGGCAGUAGGCAGUAGAAGGGCCAACAUCUUGUACAUUUCUUGGGAAUAAAGGAUACUUUUACUUUAAGAGAGAGAUGACAUCAUAAUGGCCUACAGGUUGUGAUGCUAGAUGCUUUUGACAUCACAAAGAAACUCUUAGCAACUGUUUAAGCAUACACAUGACCAUUUCAUGAUGGGAAUAGAUCUCCCUUGAUUGGCAAAGCAAGAGCAGUGUCUGCUGAACCCUCUUGAUUCCUCAGCUUGAACACUUCAGAGUCCUCAGCUCAAACAAACUCUCAGUUCAAAAUCUCCAGGAUUAGCUUGAAAGCCCCCAGUCCUGAAGCUCAGAAGGCAAGCAAAGAGGUAACAAGUUGGCUGAGAGCAUUUCAGAAGCAUUCUGAUAACCGAAGCAGGAUGGGUGACUGGAAAAGCUACAUCAACACCAUUCUAAAAGAUAAGAACAUUGAAGAUGUAGCUAUCGUGGGGCACAGUGACAAUAAAUCAGUGUGGGCUUCCAAGCCAGGGGGCCUACUGGCAGCUAUCUCACCUCAGGAAGUGGGGGUGAUCAUAGGCCAUGACAGGAAGGGGUUCCUGCAGACUGGUAUCACCAUAGCUGGCAAGAAGUGCAGUGUGAUCCGCGACUACUUGCUUGUGGAAAAAGAUGCUGUGAUGGACACCAGAACCAAGGAGGGUGACAACAAGUCCAUAUGUAUUGGCAAGACUCCCAGAGCCCUGAUCUUCCUCAUGGGCAAAAACGGAGUCCAUGGAGGAUCCCUCAACAAGAAGGUGCAUGAGAUGAUUGCUAGCAUGAAAACCCAGAGUAGCUAGAGCAAAGGACACAGAUACUGCCUUCCUGGAGGGCCCAUGGAAAAUGACCUUACCCUUGCUUUAAAAGAAAGGAAACAAAUUCCUGAUUUCACUUAACUGUCUCUUUGUCGGUUUCCUUCAGGUGGGAUGGAGUGGGGUGGAGGAACUUGCUAUUAUACUAGCAACCUGCCUGCCCAUCGCUUAGGGGGGUGUUGAACACGAUUGUUACCCUUACUGACCCCAGCCCCACCGGUCUGUCUCCAAGCCAUCUUAUGUGGUACCCUGAGCGUUUCCCACUCUCCCGGUUCUCUGUUAGCAAUAGCUUUGAGAAAAGGGGGAUUUGGUCUCUUUUACUGGCAAGUCCGUGAUUGUUGCUCUUUGAGGUCGUUACAUCCUGCCCUUCUGCUAUUGGUACCUGGAAAGCUCCUUGCUUCUACAAACAGUCAUAAAGACUAAGGAAUAGCAGGGUUAUUUCGGACAGUCAAUUUCUAUUUUGUUUUGGAUAAUGUUCCAUUAGGCAAUUACUAACAUGAACUAUUCAUUUUCUUUCAUAUUAUGGCAUUUUAUUAGCCAAAGCUCUGUAUCAUUUUCCAUUAGAGGGUUUAUUAAAGGCAGAAUGUAGCUAGUCCAAUUAGUAUUGGAACCCUGAAGGGUCGGGUGUCACAAGCUGCACCUCCGCUAUGUGUGCUGUGUACAUGAUAAAGCCACAGUUUGAACAAAGGUAUCACUGGAACUAGCCCAGCUAACUUGGGAGGCUAACUAUUGAUCAUCCAG